GUUUCUUUGUAAAUCAAGCCGGAUAUACGCUUGACACCACGUGAUACCCUGGAUGUUAUCACGCAAAACCUUCCUAUGCCGCGUUGCUCCUCCCUUUUCCAAUCCCUUUCCUCCCUUACCGCGACCAGUUAUCUCGAAAGCUUUCUAAUACAACUUUUUCUCCACUCUCUGUUUCUGAGGAGUCUAUUUUUAAUUUGUUGGGACCAACAUAAUUUUAACGCAGUACUUACUCGCAGAUUAUAUAAUCCGUUCAUUUUAUACUGGUAUUAACACUAGUACUAAAACUGCGAGGGUGGACCCUAGAAAUUCUGAGAAAUACGAACCUGAAAGUUGGUAUACUUGAUAGCAUAGCUACAACUAAAAACAUUGAUGGUGUUGUUAAUUAAUUAUAAACACUGUAAGGAGAAAUUGCCAAUAUACAAUGUUCUUGCAUUAAUAGUUCAAAUUUUCGGGAUGAUUAAAAUAUUAUAUUAAUUAUAGUACACCGAUUUUUUGCAUGAAAGUAUUAUGUGAUAUUGUCUAUUCGUGAUUUAAAGUGCUUGACAGUUCGCUAGUAAUACAGUUAUAAUGGAACGCUUUAAUGAAUGACACUCAUUAAACAAACGUAAACAACAAUUGGAUUCAGCUUUGUGUAUUAUUUUUUUCAUAUCACGCAAGGAGCACCUUCGUAGUAUCAUAGCGUAGAUUAAGUAUCGAAACUAAUUAUACGAAAUGUCGGACGAUGAGGAUUUGGUUUAUGUCAAGAAACAGAAAACUGUUCAUUAUGGAUCACUGGAAGAAGCUGAGCGGGCCAGAUUGGCUGCAGCAGCAGAAUCUUCUGAAGAAGAGAAAGAUAAUGCAAAUUUGGGAGAUGGUGUUAAUACUACUACUACCUUGGGAAAUGUUCACAUAUCUAAUGAAUAUAUGGAACUCGAAGAUGAGAUGUCAAAAGAUAGACAAGCACUCCUAGAAGAAUUUGAACGCAGAAAAAAGGCUCGACAAAUAAAUGUGUCCACUGAUGAUUCAGAAGUUAAAAAGAAUUUGAGGCAAUUAGGUGAACCUAUUUGUCUAUUUGGUGAAGGACCUGCAGAUAGACGGACAAGAUUAAGAGAAUUAUUAGCUAGUCUUGGAGAGGAUGCUAUUAAAAAGAAACAUGAAGAAGAAGAGAAACCUUCUCAUGCUAUAGAGAGAGAUACUGAAACUACUUGGUAUCACGAGGGACCGGAAUCACUUCAAAUAGCUCGUUCUUGGAUAUCUUCAUAUUCACUACCAAGAGCAAAGGCUAGAUUGGAUAAAGCAAGACAGGAUUUAGAACUGCCGUCAGCUACACGUACAGCACGACGUCAAGAACUACUAAAGAAAUUGCAAGCAUUGACAAUCUACUGUUCUCAAAUUGGCGAUACUAGACCAAUUUCUUUCUGUCAGUUUAGCCCAAACUCAAAGUUGUUUACUACAGCUUCAUGGUCGGGCUUGUGUAAAAUAUGGUCUGUACCUGAUUGUACAUUGUUGCGAACUCUUAAAGGGCAUACUUGUAAUGUUGGCUGCAUUGUUUUUCAUCCGAAAGCUACUAUUACUGAAGAAGUAGUAGGAGACAAACCAGGACAGACUUGUGUAUUGGCAUCCUGUGCUUCAGAUGGAACAGUGAAAUUGUGGAGCGGAGGAACAGGUGAGGAACCACUGGCUGAAGUCGAGGGACAUGAACCGCACAGAGUUUCCAGGUUAGCAUUUCAUCCUUCUGGGCGAUUUCUGGGCACAUGUUGUUAUGAUGCAUCCUGGAGACUUUGGGACUUAGAACAACAAGCUGAAGUUCUGCAUCAGGAGGGUCAUGCUCGAGCUGUUCAUUGUAUUAGCUUCCAAUGCGACGGUAGUGUGAGUGCCACAGGUGGUCAUGAUUCUUUUGGUAGGGUAUGGGAUCUUCGUACAGGAAGGUGUAUUAUGUUUAUGGAAGGUCACUUGAAAUCCAUUUUCGGUAUUGACUUCUCUCCUAACGGAUUUCAUAUAGCCACAGCGAGCGAGGAUAAUACUUGCAAGAUAUGGGACUUGCGAAAAAGAUCUUGUAUAUACACGAUACCCGCUCACACCAAUUUAUUAUCCGACGUGAAGUAUCAGAGAGUAGAAGGCCAGUAUUUGGUUACAGCAUCGUACGACGGUACUGCUAAAAUUUGGUCGAAUAAAACCUGGCAGCCGCUCAAAACGCUACCCGGCCACGACGGCAAGGUUAUGUCAGUCGAUAUAUCGCCUGACCACAAAUUUAUCGGAACAAGCUCAUACGAUAGGACAUUCAAGUUGUGGGCUCCCGAAAAUAUGUAAAAAGACUUAAUUAAAUAAAGUGUAAUUAUAUGGAACCUGUCGUGACAACGCUAUUUUUAUGGACAGAAGAUUUUGUAUUAUAAGAGAACUGAAUAAAGAUA